AUGAGAGUGGGCAAAGGUUGUGAACGGUGUCGGUAUCGUCACAUCCGCUGUGUGAUUCCUCCAGGGGCCUCGUCCUGUGCUCCCUGCGCGCGCCAGAGUCGAGUAUGCCAGCUUGAUCCACCAUUCCACUUCAAGAACGUUCGUCAAGUCUACCAAAAAAGUAGUGGUAUAUCGGCACGAUUUGAUCUUGACUGGGAUGAGGAUCAAGUUUGGGUGAAUACAUCUCAGCCUGUGACAUUCGUGCUCGAAUCCUGCGAUGAUGUGGAUGGAGAUAGGGAACAACAUGUUGAAGAGACUCAUGUUCAAGACAGUCAUACUCCAGAGAAUGAGACCUUGACUACGAUGAGACCGUUGUCGGUAGAACCAUCCUGGUAUCCGCAUAACAAUGGUGGUUCAGGGAUCCUCGCUGUGGAACAUGUUAGUCCGGGAGCAGCGCAGUCUCAUUCCAAUGAAACUUCUCCUCAGCAGCAGAUUACCAUGGGGAAUUCUCUGUCUCUCUCCCAUCCGACCGACGGACCACCUUCCUUAUCACUACGUGAAGCGUCUCUGAUGCGUAACUUCAUUCAGAAAAUUGCCCCGUGGGCAGACAUUUGCGACCCCCAGUGCCAUUUUAGUACGGGUGUUUCCCGUCGGGCAUUGCAGGUCCCUAUGGUGUUAAAAGCAGUGAUGGCUCUUGCAGCGCGGCAUGACGCAAUUCUCAGCAAUCAGAGCGACUCGGAGGCCUCUGAAUACCAUGGCCAGUGUCUAGAGCUGCUCAUCCCGGCGUUAGAUCGGCCUGAGCAGACGUACGAUGAAAACCUCUUGGUUACAGUAGUCCUGUUACGAAUAUACGAAGAGCUGGAAAACACCACUGACCCGCAAUUCCACCUCUUGGGAUCGAAUCGCCUUAUUAACUUAAUGUCUCGCUCCGCAUCUUCGGGCGGACUGGCAGAAGCCGUCAGCUGGCAAUUUCUGCGACAAGCUAUCUACGCCUCGGUGGUGCAGUAUCAGCCUUUCGAGCUGGAUCUGCAAAAUUAUGCACGAUCCUCAAUGUUUCAGCGCAGCGAUGAUGCGGCAGUUGCAAAUAUGGUAAUCUUCCACUGUGCCGACAUUCUCCGAAUCUGCCGCACCGUGCCUCAGGAACCAGUGGAUGAAGAUGCACGACUCCAAGUGGCCAACGCUGUCGAGGAGUGGCAUCGGGCAAAGCCCACCACCUGGCAGCCACUCCGAUAUCAACCAGCGGAUGUGGCUGUGAAUCGGCCGUUUCCUGAAAUAUGGAUGAUGUCUGCCCCAGCUGUUGUUGGAAUGCAAUAUUAUCACGCCGCCUGUAUUUUCCUGACAUUCUCCGAGGGGCGCUCCCGACCCAUGACUGAUUACCAGAUGGCUCGCUCGCGACGGAUGUCAGAAAAAAACAUCGCAAGUCAUAUUUUGAACGUCAUUGGAUUGUCCCAGUCCAAUGAAAGUGUUCAUAAUGCCUAUUUUAUGGCAUGCCAUCUCCUUCAUCGAUUUGGCUACUGUCUGAAGCACUGGACAGAACAUCAAGGUUCGCUGGAGUUCCUUACCUGCGUGGAGAAAAUCCUGGGCUGGCGGACCUCGUGGAUCAAGCGAGAGCUGGAGCGCCAGUGGACCGAACUCGAGCAAGUUGACAGCCCCGACAACUGA